CCGCCCAGGCUGAGAGGGAGGUGACAGCUGACUGAGUUGAGGAAACUGCCCAGGAACCUGUUUGUCUCCUUCCUGACCCAGGCCGCCGGCUCCCUCUUGGAAGGAGAGGGACCUGGGGCUGCCAUGGCGGCGGCCCUGAGUCCACCUCGGGUCCCCAAGCCCAAGGGUGUAGCACCGGCCCACUACUACGAAAGUUUUCUAGAGAAAAAGGGACCCUGCGACCAGGAUUACAGGAAGUUCUGGGCGGGCCUCCAGGGUCUCACCAUCUAUUUCUACAACAGCAAUCGGGACUUCCAGCCACUCGAGAAGCUGGACCUGAGGCUCUUCUCAAAGCUCACAGAUGAGGCUCCUGGAGGCAACGCACUGGACACCAGCAGUCAGUUCAGCCUUGUUCUCCGGGACCAGGAGAUCAAAUUCAAGGCCGAAAGCCUAGAGUCUCGUGAGAUGUGGAAAGGCUUUAUCUUGACUGUGGUAGAGCUCCGUGUCCCAUCCAACCUGACCCUGUUACCUGGACACCUGUACAUGAUGGCCGAGGUCCAAGCCAAAGAAGAGGCACGUCGAGCACUGGAGGUGCCCUGGUGCUUCCUGAGGGUCAGCCGUCUGGAGGCGCAGCUGCUCCUGGAGCGCUACCCUGACUGUGGGAACUUGCUGCUGCGGCCCAGCGGGGAGGGCAAAGACGGGGUGUCGGUCACUACGCGGCAGAUACUCAACGGGUGCAUAUGCGUGGCUCGUGGCUCAGCACCAGGGUUGCCCGUGGUCCGGCACUACAAGGUGAAGCUCCAGGGUUCUAAGUACGUGAUUGACGUGGAGGAUCCGUUCCCGUGCUCCUCCCUGGACGCUGUGGUCAAUUAUUUCGUGACCCACACCAAGAGGGCGCUGGUUCCCUUCCUGCUGGACGAGGACUAUGAGAAAGUGUUAGCUUUUGUGGACGCUGACCAGGAGAACGGAGAAAGUGUGUGGGCCACACCUGCCUGGUGCUCAGGUUCUGUCUCCCUUACUAAUGUCCCCAAGCCCCUACCACCUGUUCCCACACCUGUGUCCAGCCAGGAGGCCAGACUGCCCCCACUCCCCCCGCAGCUACUAGACCAGGAUGAGAAUUAUGUGACUCCCAUUGGAGACCACCCAGCAGUUGAAUACAUGAAUCAGGAUGUGUCUCCCUCUACUCCGCUGGUCCGUUCAAAGCACAAGAAGGCGGUGAAGCUUCCAGUAAAGCCUCCAAAACCACCAGUGGUACCCAAGCCAGAUCUCAAAGCCAUCACAGGGGUCUGGGCCAGGAAGCCAGGCAUCAGCUCACCCCAGGCUCUGUCUCUCGUGACAAAGUUGGGGGAUGUGACUGCUGAGCUGGAGGAGAAACUGCAGAAGAGGCGGGCACUGGAGCACUAAGUCUGGCACACUGUCGACGAGUGGGCUAUCUCUGGAUACAAUACAGCAUACCAGCUGAGUCCUCAAAGGAAAACAACUGAAGGGACAGGACAUACCCAGCACGAUGGUACACACUUGUCAUCCCUAUACUGAGAAGGCUGAGGCAGUAAGGUCUCCAUGAGUGUUGAGGCCAGCCUGAGCUGCGUAGUAAGUUCCAGUAUAGCUUAGGCUACAUAGGACCUUGUCUCAUAAAGAAAAAAAAAAAAAACUUCAAGUGAA